AUGGCAGACACUGAACAACAAGAGCUUAUUGAAGAUUAUGGAAAGAUUAUCAAGGAAUACUAUAAAAAUGAACUGCAACCUAAUCUUUGGUAUCCUAUGUUCUACGACUGUCCUAUCGAACCCGAAGAACGUAAAUACGAGUGGGUUAAACAAAAUGAAGAAAAGUUUUUGAAAAAUACUCCGAACAAAAUGUUGCAAUGUAGAUGGUUUAGUUCUGAAAAGGGUGCCAUAACUGCGUUGGAAUUUUCGCCUAACGGAUAUCAUAUUAUCGUGGGCCAUGCCUCAGGCGCGAUAGAGAUGCGACAUGGCAGUACAGGCGCUGUCCUUUGCACGUUGCGAAAUAUUCAGUUCCCGCCGAAACCCGUCCAUGCUCUGGAAUACAGUCCAUUUGAGGAGAAUAUUUGCUACGCGGCGUGCAUGGACGGAGCCGUGUAUCGGAUCGAGAUCCCCCACAUGGAUACGUCCUUAGUGGACCCGCCUGCGUACUGCAUCCGAGCUGACCCGAUGCUGGAGAGUUUGACCAUGCAGUUCUAUGGAAGCCCCGGAAUUUCCUCGUAUGCUACGCCGUUUAUCGCACAACGAUUUCCGGCGCUCUCCUUGGGACUACUGACAGACUCCUCAAAAAUGGCUGUCGGUUAUGCUGACACGUCCAUCAGAGUCUACGACAUGGAAACUCAGGAGGCUGAAAGCACAUACAAAGUGCACAAGCUACGUCUCCAAUUCAUCCCGAAGAAGUUGCAGAGGAUGCAUUACGGUCAGGUGGUGGCUUUGAGAACCCAUCCUCACAAGCCGUAUAUGUUUGCCAGUGGUGCGUGGGACAAGACUCUCAGAAUCUGGGACGUGAGAUGUCAGGUCGGCUGCGUUAUGACUUUCGAAGGCGUUGACAUUUGCGGCGAUGCUAUUGACCUCAACAGGGACUACUGUCUAGCUGGGAGCUGGAUGCCGACAGAAGCCCUCACCGUAUGGGACCUGACAGCCAGAAAACAGCUGAACAUCAUCAGGGUGCAGAACCGGAGGCAAGACGUCGACGGCGAGUACAUAUACGCUUGUCGGUACUGGCGGUCUUCGGAUUACAAUCGCAAAGGUAAGUAUGCCGUGGUCGGAGGAAGCGGUACAAAUUGCCUGGAAGUGAUCAAUCUACACAACAGAUAUAUCACGUGCUCUUACCCCGCAUCGGGCACCAUUCUGGCCGUCACCAGCUACCAGGAGCGCAUAGCAUUCGGAGGCACUUCCAGCGCCUUCAACAUCGUCGCCUUCUAUGACCCCAAACACCAAAAAGAUAAGUACGAAACCGCCGAACCUGAGUAUGAGUACUCGAAGGCCUCCGGAGACAUCACCCUGUACCAGGACUCAGAAAGCGAGCUGUCAGAUGAGCCACAUACACCAUCAUGCGAUAGUUCCAAGCCCUCAAAAGGAUGCGAGUGAUUUUAUCUCCAGAUUUAAUUGUUAAUGUAUUUAUAAUUUACUUUAAUCAUAGUUAUUGUUAUACUCAAUCUUUUUGUUUCUGUUAAUGAUCAACGUUAAUUAAAUAAAAUACCCAUUCAAAAGCUUUCAACUUAACAUAUAUCAGUAAGUACGUAUAUGACAGAUGUAAAUGAUGAUGAUAGCUGAAAUUACGUCGGCACGCGAACAGCCCAUCAUCCAAACAGUAAUCCGUUUCAAUUUCGUUAAAGAGAUACUCGUGUCCAUUUCGCAUCGUCGUCGCUGCCAGUUCAACGUCGUCAUUGCAAUGAUAAUUUGCAAAGCUUGUUUCAACCGAAUUGGACCGCAACUGCAAUAACCAUAAAACCCGUCCAAAAUACGUGUCGAAAUUCAACGGCGCCAAAUUGAAAUCCUGAAAACAAUUGCACAAGUUUCCACAACAGAAAAACGGGGCUUGGCCAACAUUGAAAAAUUAGAGUCGGCAUUGCGAAUUCAGCCGAGACUACAAUGGCGAACAAGUUGCAAUAGAAUUUAAAUAAAGAAGCGUUCCCUAACAGCGCGAACUCGUGUGCGGGGCGUUGGUGAACUUUCAACUUUUACCCGCUUAUGUAGCGGGAACGUACCUCCGCCCCCCUGCCCCUCCCAUCGCGCGGGUGGAGGGAGCUUUUCCGUACUUGGACCGAAUAUUUACAGCGCAACCUAAAUAUAGCGUGCCGCUGCUCAGCUGGCACGGGCGGGGGCGAGUGGGAGGGUAAACAUACCCCGCCACCCUUCAGUAGCUCGACGGUGUAGAAGGCCAUUCGGGCGCCGGCUUCGGAGGUGAGCGGACAUCUCCUGUAUAAUGCAGAGGUCGUAUGGCGACCAUGACCGUUGGAGUCAGGAGGGGUUGUCGCUCGCUAUAGCGAUAAAGUCAUUCUCAAGGCCAUGGUGUACGAAUUGACGUGACAGGGUCGUAUGAACGGAUGCAUUUACUAUUAGCACUUAAUUUGAAUUGAUGAGAAUGAAUUUUGAACACGUAACUAUUUGGACGUAUACGUUAAUUAUAGCCUACACCUAUUAUAGGAGGAUUUAUUUAUAAAUGGGUCUAUCUCUCUGUAGCUUUAUUCAAUGAAUCAAUGAAUAGAUUUGGAUUCAACGCUAACUAUGAAUCAAAUUCUAUAAGCGUGGCAAAUAAUAU